AUGCUGACUGCAGUCGUAAUAAAGGCUAGCUGUGACGAUAAAACAAAUGGGUACUCUGAGUUGCGAUCCAUAAUCAAGAAUUGUCCAUCAGUCACGCGGAAUAGUUCCGACCAGGAUGAAUUAUUGGACAUUUUUAGAAGAUGCGUGCAGCAGAGAACCAUUGACACCUUGAAUACUCUCCUCAACGAUGAUGUUAUUACGAUAUUCGACGGAAUUGAUCUGAUACGACUUCAUCCAAACGAUGAAAAUAAUACGGAAUAUAAACAUCAUUCUACCGAUGAGUUAGAAGAGGAGGAUACCAGCUGGUUGGCGAUCAUCUGGAAUCGAAUGACACAUAUCCUGCGAACUCACGCUUUUAAAAUUGACGUCGAUCGUAUAUUUAAUAAAGCUGCUAAUAGUCCAAUGUCCGUACGAAAUCUGGAUAGUAAUAUCGUUCAGGGUCGGAAACGCCGUUACCGUCGUAAAAAUCAUGUAUUCCCGUUGAUGAUGAUGGGCCUGUUGUUGAUGGGUACGAUUCUAGUGCCGAUGGGUUUUCAAUUCCUUGCGGUGUUGGGUGGUAAAGCUCUGAUCCUCGCCAAAAUGGCUCUUAUAUUGUCCAGCAUACAAGGUCUGAAAAAGAUAGCUACUAGUGGCGUUAAUUAUGGAUUAUAUCACGUCUCAGAUGGUUGGCACGACAGAAGCCAUCAGGUACUUCCCAACGAGGAUCAAGAUCAUUAUCCG